AUGCAUUUUUAUUAUUGCAUUGUCUCAUAUUUUGCACACUAGGAAUCUUUUUCUGAUAACUUGGACGGUAUAUGUUGGAUUAUCUCUUUAAAAUGUAUAAAAUAAAUAUCAUUGACCAUAUACGCCCAACUAUGGAACCAGAUCGCAAAAAUUGACAUACCGAUAUUCAAUAUAAAAGAAUUGUGCAAUAUUUAGUGUAGGUUUAAAUGGCUGAACAUUUCCCCCAACAAAGGGAAUCUAAUCAAGAUUAAGAAUUUUAAAAUCCACCCUCGGCAAAGUUUUUAAAAAUGGCCGACGACGAAGACGAAGUUGCUGCAUUAGUUAUUGACAGUGGAUCCGAAACGUGCAAGGUUGGAUUCGCCGGAGACGAUGCUCCAAGAGCCGUGUUUCCCGCCAUUGUCGGUCACCCCAAGCAUACGGGAAACAUGGUUGGUAUGGAGUUCAAGGACACGUACGUUGGAGAUGAAGCCGAGGUUAAGCGAGAAAUCCUUACCCUAAGACACCCCACAGAACAUGGCAUCGUCACCAACUGGGAUGACAUGGAGAAGAUCUGGCACCACACCUUCUACAACGAACUCCGUGUGGCCCCAGAAGAAUGCCCUGUUCUACUGACAGAGCCUCCGCUCAACCCAAAGGCAAACAGGGAAAAGAUGACACAAAUCAUGUUCGAAAAGUUUGAAUCUCCCGCCAUGUACGUUGCUAUUCAGGCCGUUAUGUCUCUGUUCGCUUCCGGUCGUACAACAGGAAUUGUCCUCGACUCUGGAAAUACUGUUACUAAUACAGUGCCCAUUUACGAGGGUUACUCCUUUCCUCAUGCCACCAGGACACUAGAUCUUGCUGGACGUCAUCUGACCGAUUACCUCAUGAAACUACUUACCGAAUGUAGAUAUUCAUUCACAACCAAAUCCGAAAAAGACAUUGUCAGAGACAUCAAGGAGAAAUUGUGCUUUGUCACGAAUGACUUUCAACAAGAUAUGGACAUCGAUUCAUCUUUCAUGGAAAAAAGGUACGAACUCCCUGACGGUCAGCUCAUGGUCAUUGGCAACGAGCGAUUUAGAUGUGCAGAACCUCUAUUCCAACCAUCACUCCUCGGAAUAGAAUGUUCUAGUAUCCAUGAAAGCAUAAACAACAGUAUCAUGAAAUGUGAUGAGGAUAUCCGAAAAGACUUGUACGCUAACAUUGUGCUAUCUGGCGGUUCUACCGUGUUUUCCGGAAUUGCAGAACGUCUAAAGAAAGAAAUCACAACACUUGCUCCCAGUUCUGUGAAAGUCAAGAUAACUGUUCCACCCGACAGGGAAUACUCAGCCUGGUUUGGUGGAUCGUUUCUAGCUUCUACCUCCAUUUUUAAAGAUAUAUGGAUCAGCAAAGAGGAAUAUGACGAAUACGGUCCCUGCAUUGUCCACAAGAAGUGCUUUCAGUAGCUUCAGUCUGUGAGAGCAUUUAGCAAGACCGAUUGUUAUACCCCUGUAAAACAGUUACCAUAUAACUCUAUACCAAAAAAGUCCAGCAUUUUGACUGUUGGACUGGAACUGUUAAAAUCGACUGUCAUAUUCCGCGAAAACGAGUGAUUAAAUUAGUAGGAGUAUAUAACAAACCAGUUGUUUACUGGGUUCGAGGUUUGGCCUUAGGCAACAGUUUGUGAGCCGGUCCGACAGAGCAACUGUUGCCCUCGACCCAAGUAAACAACAACCCCCCCCCCCAAAAAAAAACAAAAACAAAAACAAAAAACAAACCCUGUAUACUGUUCUUCUGAUCGGGUUGUGAUAUCUGCUGUAAACGCUCUAUAAUAAUAUUAACCUUACUUCAUAUUUAUUUAAUAAGUAUUUUAUUCAAGUAUAUAAAUACAUUGAAUUGGAUUGAACAGCAGGCACAAUGCCUAUUUAUGUUCUCUCCUGUAGUCAAGGUAUAAUAUGAGUAAUUAUAUAAUUAUAUAUAAUAUAUAUAUAUACAUAUAUAUUGCCAUGGAAUUUUGUAUAAUAGAUUAAUAUUGUAAAUAGUAGUGGAAGGAGGUACAGUGCAAAAAAAUAAACAAAACAAAUAGCUCAUGAUAGGAAAAUGAAAAUAAAAAAAAAUAGAAAAAUAAUGGUUAAUUGCUAAGGUUGGAAAUAAAAAAGUAUAUGUAAUGUAGGGAAAAAAUGGGAAAGAAAAGAAAAAACAUGUAAUAAAAACAAAACAAAAAUUAAUAACAGAGUAGAAAAAAAUGGAAAGUUUGGGGGGAUGGGGUGGGACGGGGAGGGGGAGAACAAAUAAGCAAUAAAAAUGAAAAGAAAGGAGUGUAAUAGAAUAGUGUAAUAUAAUAGAGCCAUGGUUAUAAAAUGGCGAUAACAAGGAAUACUGUGACAUAUGAACCUGGCGAGGUUUUGAAAUGUAAUCAGCUGUGAAUUACUGUGUAGUCAUAAUGUGCAUGAAAUUAUUGUUUUAUUAAUACCUAGAUUUGAUAUCUUCAUGUAUAUUUAAUGAAAAUUUUUCUCGUAACAUUUUUUUGGGGAGAGUAAAACUUUAUAAGCUGAAAUGUAACAAUGUGUAGUUAUUUAAGACAUCUUUAUUUAUCAAAUUAGUUUCUGUGUCUUAUUAUUAUAAAGAGGGAAAUUUAUACAUCAAAUACCCCCCCCCCCCCCAAAAAAAAAAAAAUUAAAUAAAAAAUUCAUAGCUUAUUGCAAACACAAACAUUCAAUCAAAAACACAUUAUGUUCUAUAGUUAUAAAAAAAAACUACCAUUAAAAGCGGUGUGAUAUUAAUUUUACAAAUGAAUAAAAAAAAACUACAAUGAAAUGCAUGUGAUAAAUCACAUCAUAUUUGGAAUGUUGUCCUUUCUUUCUCUAUACAGGAAUUUUAGUGAAAUUUUUUCAAUACUUAAAUCUUUUGUAGAUCUCUUUUCAUAUAGUUCCUAGAUAUCACACACAACAUUUAAGGGUUUUAUGAUGUAUCGGGGCAAUACUGGUAUCACGAUUUUAAUGACGAAAAGAUUAUUGGUGUAGCAAUAUUAUACAAUAUAAAUAGAAAAUUAUAUAACACAAAUGGAAAAUUAUGGAAUACAAAUGGAAACUUAUGGAAUACAAAUGGAAAAUCAUUCAAUACAAAUAGAAAUUUAUACAAUACAAAUGAAAAUCACACAAUACAGAUGGAAAAGAUCGAAUAUUGCAAAAUUUGACAUGCCAUAUUUUUUGCCUUUCUUGUGUAUAUAUUAAUUACUUCUAACAGUGUGUUUGCUGUAUAAAAGCGUUAAUUGGGCAUAGCCAUUAAAUAUCCGUACAAUUUUUGAAUACUCUGAAGUUCAAUCGCAACUUCUUCGGACCUUUCCGGCAAGCUCGGAAAAACACCUCGAAUGUAUUAACAUCACCGGAUGUUAGAUUUUUAUACAAAAUGGAGUCGCUUCCCAAUUAAAUAAGUAUCGGCUAGACAGUCUUGUUAGUAUGUCGCUUCUAUGUUAUAUUUAAGUGUAUAUCGUUUACUUAAAUGAAGUAUAGCUCACAUCUCAACAGAUCGUAAAAUGUGUUAUAUUUAUAUCAAGUUUUAUAAAAAGGGGGGUUGUCAUGGACGCCUAGGUAAUGCAUUCGAGGUGUUUUCCGAGCCUGCCGGAAAGGCCCGAGAAGUUGCGAUUGCUCUGAAGUUCUGAUUAGUGUAAAUGUGUGGUUUAUAUGUGUGGAUUAUUUCUGAUGCAGAAAUGGUACAGUACCGAUCAGACCCAACCGAACAGAAAGUAAACCCCAACUAAACCCUGGAUUUACUUUCUGGGUUUACUCCGGGUUUACUAGAGUGGACCCAAAGUAAACCCAGAGUGGACACAGAGAGUAGACCCAGUCAGAAGUAUACCCCUGAAAACAGACGCUAACUGUGUAUUCGGAAUAUACAAGGGGCAGGAAUAACAGGCAGUAGGAUGCUAAGAUAAAAGACGGGCCUGCUUCACACUUCAGUGCUUAUAGUUGACCUCAAAAGCAAUUUCCAAGUAAAUCCAAAGUAAACCCAGAGUAAACCCAAAGUAAACCCCGAGUGGACACCCAUUUUU